AUGCACAAGGUGAAACCUGUAGAGACUGGGCUUCAGGAAGUGGCUGUGGUCAAUAGCAUUGAUGUCAUGACUCAGGGUGCUGAGAACCUGUGCGUGAGGCUUGUUCACAGGCUCUUCCUACUGAUGCAGCUCCUUCUGAAGCUGCUGCUGGACUCCCUGGCCUGGCUGCUGACACCCAGGCUGCAGGGCAUCCAUGGCAGCCUGAGCCCAGCUAAAGUUUUACCAAGCCACACAUGUGGACAUCCUGGGGAAAUACUGAAAGGCGUUCUCCACGGGACGAGGUUCAACAUAGGAGAUAAGAUCCGAUACAGCUGCCUCUCUGGCUACAUCUUGGAAGGUCACGCGGUCCUGACCUGCAUCGUCAGCCCCGGGAAUGGCGCCUCCUGGGACUUCCCGGCUCCUUUCUGCAGAGCRGAGGGAGCCUGCGGCGGGACGCUGAGGGGCACCAGCAGCUCCAUCUCCAGCCCCCACUUCCCCUCCGAGUACGGCAACAACGCCGACUGCACCUGGACCAUCCUGGCCGAGCCGGGGGACACCAUCGCGCUGGUCUUCACCGACUUCCAGCUGGAGGAGGGCUACGACUUCCUGGAGAUCAGCGGCACCGAGGCGCCGUCYGUCUGGCUCACGGGCAUGAACCUUCCCUCUCCUGUCAUCAGUAGCAAGAACUGGCUGCGGCUGCACUUCACAUCCGAUAGCAACCAUCGGCGCAAGGGCUUCAACGCUCAGUUUCAAGUGAAAAAAGCAAUUGAAUUGAAGUCAAGAGGAGUCAAGAUGCUACCCAGCAAGGACAGCAGCCAUAAAAACUCUGUGUUGAGCCAAGGAGGCGUUGCCCUGGUCUCCGACAUGUGUCCAGAUCCCGGGAUUCCAGAAAACGGCAGGAGAGCCGGCUCUGACUUCAGGGUUGGUGCAAACGUGCAGUUCUCCUGUGAGGAUAAUUAUGUGCUCCAGGGAUCCAAAGGCAUCACCUGCCAGAGGGUCACAGAGACAUUGGCGGCAUGGAGUGACCACCGGCCUAUCUGCAGAGCCAGGACCUGUGGAUCGAAUCUGCGUGGGCCCAGUGGCGUCAUCACCUCCCCGAACUACCCGGUUCAGUACGAAGACAACGCACACUGUGUGUGGGUGAUCACCACCGCUGACCCAGACAAGGUCAUCAAGCUCGCCUUUGAAGAGUUUGAGUUGGAAAGAGGGUACGACACCCUGACAGUAGGGGACGCCGGGAAGGUGGGGGACACCAGAUCCGUCUUGUAUGUGCUCACGGGAUCCAGCGUUCCCGACCUCAUCGUGAGCAUGAGCAACCAGAUGUGGCUCCACCUGCAGUCUGACGACAGCAUCGGCUCCCCUGGAUUCAAAGCCAUUUACCAAGAAAUUGAAAAGGGCGGCUGUGGCGACCCUGGCAUCCCCGCCUACGGGAAGCGGGUGGGCAGCAGCUUUCUGCACGGAGACACGCUCACCUUUGAAUGCCAGGCGGCCUUCGAGCUGGUGGGCGAGAGGGUCAUCACCUGCCAGCAGAACAACCAGUGGUCAGGCAACAAGCCCAGCUGUGUGUUUUCAUGUUUCUUCAACUUCACGGCAUCAUCCGGGAUCAUCCUUUCCCCAAAUUACCCAGAGGAAUAUGGCAACAACAUGAACUGUGUUUGGCUGAUUAUAUCUGAGCCGGGAAGCAGAAUCCACCUCAUCUUCAAUGAUUUUGACGUGGAGCCUCAGUUUGACUUUCUGGCAGUCAAAGAUGAUGGGAUUUCUGAUAUAACUGUCCUUGGUACUUUCUCUGGCAAUGAGGUGCCCGCUCAGCUGGCCAGCAGUGGGCACAUAGUGCGCCUGGAAUUCCAGUCGGACCAUUCCACCACCGGCAGAGGGUUCAACAUCACGUACACCACCUUCGGUCAGAAUGAGUGCCAUGACCCCGGCACCCCCGUCAACGGCAGGCGUUUUGGCGACAGGUUUCUGCUCGGGAGCUCCGUUUCCUUCCACUGUGACGAGGGCUUUGUCAAGACGCAGGGGUCCGAGGCCAUCACCUGCAUCCUGCAGGACGGGAACGUGGUCUGGAGUGCCACCGUCCCUCGCUGUGAAGCCCCGUGCGGUGGACAUCUGACAGCCUCAAGUGGGGUCAUUUUGCCUCCUGGAUGGCCAGGAUAUUAUAAAGACUCUUUGAAUUGUGAAUGGAUCAUUGAAGCAAAACCAGGACAUUCUAUCAAAAUAACUUUUGACAGGUUCCAGACGGAAGUCAAUUACGACACUCUGGAAGUCAGGGACGGGCCCACCAGCUCUUCCCCCCUGAUUGGAGAAUACCACGGCACCCAGGCCCCCCAGUUCCUCGUCAGCACGGGGAGCUUCCUGUACCUGCUCUUCACCACCGACAGCAGCCGCUCCAGCGUGGGCUUCCUCAUCCACUACGAGAGUGUGACCCUCGAGACCGACUCCUGCCUGGACCCAGGCAUCCCUGUGAAUGGCCGACGGCAUGGCAGGGACUUUGGCAUCCGGUCUACUGUGACCUUCAGCUGUGACCCGGGGUACACACUGAGUGACGAGGAGCCCCUGGUCUGCGAGCAGAACCAUCAGUGGAACCAUGCCUUGCCCAGCUGCGAUGCUCUAUGUGGAGGCUACAUCCAYGGGAAGAGUGGCACGGUCCUUUCCCCGGGGUUUCCAGACUUUUAUCCUAACUCCUUGAACUGCACGUGGACCAUCGAAGUCUCUCACGGCAAGGGGGUCCAGUUGACCUUUCACACCUUCCACCUGGAGAGUUCCCAUGACUACUUGCUUAUCACAGAGGAUGGGAGUUUCUCAGAGCCAGUGGCCCGGCUCACGGGGUCRGUGCUGCCUCACACCAUCAAGGCCGGCCUGUUUGGGAACUUCACCGCCCAGCUUCGCUUCAUAUCCGACUUCUCUAUUUCCUACGAGGGCUUCAACAUCACAUUUUCAGAGUAUGAUCUGGAGCCGUGUGACGACCCUGGAGUCCCUGCCUUCAGCCGCAGAAUCGGGUUCCACUUUGGCGUGGGGGACUCRCUGACCUUCUCCUGUUUCCCGGGAUACCGCUUAGAAGGUGCCACCAAGCUUGCCUGCCUGGGUGGGGGCCGCCGUGUGUGGAGUGCACCUCUGCCAAGGUGUGUGGCUGAAUGUGGAGCAAGUGUGAAAGGAAAUGAAGGCACAUUACUGUCUCCAAAUUUCCCAUCCAAUUAUGAUAAUAACCACGAGUGUAUCUAUAAAAUAGAGACGGAACCUGGCAGGGGGAUCCGCCUCAGAGCGCGGAGCUUCCAGCUGUUGGAAGGAGAUACGCUAAAGGUUUAUGACGGAAGAGACAGCUCGUCUCGAGCCCUGGGAGCCUUCACCAAGAAGGAGCUGAUGGGGCUGACCCUCAACAGCACCUCCAAUCACCUGUGGCUGGAGUUCAACAGCAACGGGUCAGACACCGACCAAGGAUUCCAACUCACCUACUCCAGUUUUGACCUAGUGAAGUGUGAGGACCCGGGCAUCCCUAACUAUGGCUACAGGAUCCGGGAUGAAGGCCACUUCACAGACACCGUGGUCCUGUUCAGCUGCAACCCGGGCUACGCCAUGCACGGCAGCAGCACCCUGACCUGCCUGAGCGGGGACCGCAGGGUGUGGGACAGACCAGUGCCUUCCUGCGUAGCUGAGUGUGGAGGCCGGAUCCCGGCUGCCACGUCAGGACGGAUACUGUCCCCCGGCUACCCAGCCCCUUAUGACAAUAACCUGCACUGCACCUGGGUCAUAGAGGCCGAUCCCGGGAGGACCAUCAGCCUCCACUUCAUCGUGUUCGACACGGAGCUGGCACACGACAUCCUCAAGGUGUGGGACGGGCCGCUGGACAGCAGCAUCCUCCUGAAGGAGUGGAGCGGCUCGGCGCUGCCCGAGGACAUCCACAGCACCUUCAACUCGCUCACGCUGCAGUUCGACAGCGACUUCUUCAUCAGCAAGUCGGGUUUCUCCAUCCAGUUCUCAACAUCCGUGGCAUCCACCUGCAAUGACCCAGGGAUGCCRCAGAAUGGAACCCGCUAUGGGGACAGCCGGGAGCCUGGAGACACCAUCACAUACCAGUGUGACCCUGGGUAUCAGCUUCAAGGACAAGAUAAAAUCACCUGUGUGCAGCUCAACAACCGCUUCUUCUGGCAACCAGACCCUCCUACAUGCAUAGCGGCGUGUGGCGGCAACCUGACGGGCCCUGCAGGAGUCAUCCUGUCCCCUAACUACCCUCAGCCGUACCCUCCCGGGAAGGAGUGUGACUGGCGAGUGAAGGUGAACCCGGACUUCGUCAUYGCCUUGAUAUUCAAAAGUUUCAACAUGGAGCCCAGCUACGACUUCCUGCAYGUCUACGAGGGUGAGGACUCCAACAGUCCUCUCAUCGGAAGCUUCCAGGGCUCUCAAGCCCCGGACAGGAUCGAGAGCAGUGGGAACAGCCUUUUCCUGGCAUUUCGGAGCGAUGCUUCUGUGGGCCUGUCCGGGUUUGCCAUUGAGUUCAAAGAGAAGCCCCGGGAAGCUUGUUUUGACCCUGGGAACAUAAUGAAUGGAACGAGAAUAGGAACGGACUUCAAACUGGGCUCCACUGUCACCUACCAGUGCGACUCUGGGUACAAGAUUGUGGACCCCUCGUCCAUCACGUGUGUGAUCGGGGCCGACGGAAAGCCCUCCUGGGACCGCGUGCUGCCCUCCUGCAAUGCUCCAUGCGGAGGCCAGUACACGGGAUCCGAAGGGGUGGUCCUGUCACCAAACUACCCGCAUAACUACACAGCUGGCCAGAUAUGCCUCUACUCCAUAACCGUGCCCAAGGAAUUUGUGGUGUUCGGGCAGUUUGCCUACUUCCAGACAGCGCUGAACGACUUGGCAGAACUAUUUGAUGGAACCCACCCCCAGGCCAGACUUCUCAGUUCACUCUCGGGCUCUCAUUCAGGUGAAACGCUGCCUUUGGCUACAUCCAAUCAAAUYCUGCUUCGAUUCAGCGCCAAGAGUGGGGCGGCCGCCCGGGGCUUCCACUUUGUUUAUCAAGCUGUCCCUCGCACCAGUGACACCCAGUGCAGCUCUGUCCCCGAGCCCAGAUAUGGGAGAAGAAUCGGCUCUGAGUUCUCCGCAGGCUCCAUUGUUCGAUUUGAGUGUAACCCGGGUUACCUGCUGCAGGGCUCCACGGCCAUCCGCUGCCAGUCUGUGCCCAACGCACUCGCUCAGUGGAAUGACACGGUGCCCAGCUGUGUAGUUCCCUGCAGUGGCAAUUUCACUCAACGGAGAGGGACGAUUCUGUCCCCCGGCUACCCUGAGCCCUAUGGCAACAACCUGAACUGUGUGUGGAAGAUCAGCGUGACGGAGGGGUCCGGAAUCCAGAUUCAAGUGAUCAGCUUUGCCACGGAGCAGAACUGGGACUCCCUUGAGAUCCAUGAUGGUGGGGACAUGACUGCGCCGCGGCUGGGGAGCUUCUCAGGUACCACGGUGCCUGCGCUGCUCAACAGCACGUCCAACCAGCUCUACCUGCGCUUCCAGUCCGAUAUCAGCGUGGCCGCCGCCGGUUUUCACCUGGAGUACAAAACUGUGGGUCUCGCUGCAUGCCAAGAGCCAGCGCUCCCCAGCAACGGCAUCAGGAUCGGAGACCGGUACCUGGUGAACGAYGUGCUCUCCUUCCAGUGUGAGCCUGGGUACACCCUGCAGGGCCGCUCCCACAUCUCCUGCAUGCCAGGAACUGUUCGCAGGUGGAACUACCCGUCCCCACUGUGCAUAGCCACCUGUGGAGGCACGCUGACCAGCCUGGGCGGAGUGAUCCUGAGCCCCGGCUUCCCCGGCUCCUACCCCAACAACCUGGACUGCACCUGGAAGAUCUCCCUGCCCAUUGGCUAUGGUGAAGCAAUCUCAGCCAUACGCCUCUCUCUAGGACAUGUGGCCCUGCUGCAGGAACAGCCUCCUGUGGCCUUCCGAGCCUAUGAAUUGCAGAACUGCCCGGACCCACCGCCUUUCCAGAACGGGUAYAUGACCAACUCGGAUUACAGUGUGGGGCAGUCCAUAUCGUUUGAGUGCUACCCAGGGUAUGUCCUCCUGGGCCAYCCCGUCCUCACCUGUCAGCACGGCAUCAACAGAAACUGGAACCACCCCUUCCCACGAUGUGACGCUCCUUGCGGGUAUAACGUGACGUCCGAGAACGGCACCAUCUACUCCCCUGGCUUUCCGGACGAGUACCCGAUUCUGAAGGACUGUGUCUGGCUGAUCGCGGUCCCUCCGGGGCACGGGGUGUACAUCAACUUCACCCUGCUGCAGACGGAGGCUGUGAACGACUACAUCGCCGUCUGGGACGGUCCUGACCAGAAUGCACCRCAGCUGGGCGUCUUCAGCGGGAACACAGCCCUGGAAACCGCUCACAGCUCCACCAGCCAAGUCCUGCUCAAGUUCCACAGCGACUUUUCAAAUGGAGGCUUCUUUGUCCUCAAUUUCCACGCRUUUCAGCUGAAGAAGUGCCCACCCCCACCGGCAGUCCCGCAGGCGGACAUGCUCACAGAGGACGAAGACUUUGAAAUAGGAGGUUUCGUGCGGUACCAGUGCCACCCUGGCUACACGUUGUCGGGCAGUGACACGCUGACCUGCAAGCUUGGCUCCCAGCUGCAGUUCGAAGGCUCCCUCCCAACCUGCGAAGCACAGUGCCCAGCAAACGAAGUCCGGACAGAAUCUUCUGGAGUGAUCCUCAGCCCAGGGUACCCAGGCAACUACUUCAACUCCCAGACAUGCUCCUGGAGCAUUAAGGUGGAGCCCGACUUUAACAUCACCAUCUUUGUGGACACGUUCCAAAGCGAGAAGCAGUUUGAUGCCCUGGAAGUGUUUGAUGGGCCGUCUGGGCAGAGCCCUCUGUUAGUGGUCUUGAGCGGGAACCAUACAGAGCCAACAAAUUUCACCAGCAGGAGCCACCAGUUGUACCUGCGCUGGUCCACCGACCACGCCACCAGCAAGAAGGGAUUCCGGAUCCGCUACACAGCCCCUUACUGCAGCCUGACCUCCACGCUGAAGAACGGCGGUGUUUUAAACAGGACCUCGGGAGCUGUUGGAAGCAAAGUGCAUUACUUUUGCAAGCCUGGAUAUCGAAUGGUUGGCCACAGCAAUGCCACCUGCAGGCGGAACCCGGCUGGCAUGUAUCAGUGGGAUGCCCUCAUGCCCCUCUGCCAGGCGGUGUCCUGUGGCCUCCCGGAGUCCCCAGGGAACGGCUCCUUCACGGGCAGCGAGUUCACGCUGGACAGUACAGUGGUGUACCAGUGCAACGAGGGCUUCCAGCUGGCCGCCGGACAGCCCGCCACCGCCGUGUGCCAGGAGGACGGGCUGUGGAGCAACCGCGGGAGGCCGCCGGCCUGUCAACUCAUCUCCUGCGGAAGCCUGUCCUUCCCCCCCAACGGGAACAAGAUCGGAACGCUGACGGCCUUCGGCGCCACGGCCAUCUUCACGUGCAACACGGGCUACACGCUGGUGGGCUCCCACGUCCGGGAGUGCCUGGCCAACGGCCUCUGGAGUGGGUCCGAAACGCGGUGUCUGGCGGGCCACUGUGGCUCCCCGGACCCGAUCGUGAACGGCCACAUCAGUGGGGACGGCUCCAGCUACAGGGACACGGUGGUGUACCAGUGCAAGCCUGGCUUCCGGCUGGUGGGCACUUCCGUUCGGAUAUGCCUGCAGGACCACAAGUGGUCGGGGCAGACCCCCGUUUGUGUCCCCAUCACCUGUGGACACCCGGGGAACCCCGCCCACGGGCUCACCAAYGGCAGCGAGUUCAACCUGAAUGACCUGGUGAAUUUCACCUGCCACACGGGCUACUUGCUUCAGGGUGCGUCCCGGGCCCAGUGUCGGAGCAACGGCCAGUGGAGUAGCCCCCUGCCCACCUGUCGAGUGGUGAACUGUUCGGACCCAGGCUUCGUGGAGAACGCUGUUCGCCAGGGGCAGCAGAGCUUCCCAGAGAGCUUUGAGUACGGAGAGAGCGUCCUGUACCAUUGCAAGAAGGGCUUCUACAUGCUGGGAUCUUCGGCCUUGACCUGCAUGGCCAACGGCUUGUGGGAUCGCUCUCUGCCCAAGUGUUUGGCCAUAUCUUGUGGGCACCCUGGGGUCCCUGCCGAUGCUGUCCUAACUGGAGAGCUGUUUACCUACGGGGCCACCGUCCAGUACUCCUGCAAAGGGGGCCAGAGUCUCACAGGCAACAGCACCAGAGUUUGCCAAGAAGACAGUCACUGGAGCGGCAGCCUUCCACACUGCUCAGGAAGCACUCCUGGAUUUUGUGGAGACCCAGGGACGCCAGCCCAUGGGUCUCGCCUUGGGGAUGAGUUUAAAACGAAGAGUCUCCUGCGUUUCUCCUGUGAGAUGGGCCACCAGCUGAGGGGCUCCCCGGAGCGCACCUGCCUGCUCAACGGGUCAUGGUCAGGAGUGCAGCCCGUGUGUGAGGCCGUGUCCUGUGGGAAUCCUGGCACCCCCACCAAUGGCAUGAUCGUCAGCAGCGACGGUGUCCUGUUCUCCAGCUCCGUCAUCUACGCGUGCUGGGAGGGCUACCAGACCUCAGGGCUGACCACGCGGCACUGCACGGCCAACGGCACCUGGACAGGCGCRGCUCCCGACUGCACAAUUAUAAGCUGUGGCGAUCCAGGUUCACUGCCCAAUGGCGUCCAGUUUGGGUCUGAUUUCACCUUCAACAAGACAGUGACCUAUCAGUGCAAUCCGGGGUACCUCAUGGAACCUGCCUCRUCAGCCACUAUUCAGUGCACCAAGGAUGGGGUGUGGAAUCAGAGCAAACCUGUCUGCAAAGCGGUCCUGUGCAGCCAGCCUCCGUUGGUGCCGCACGGGAAGGUGGAGGGGACCGACUUCCACUGGGGCUCCAGCAUCAGCUACAGCUGCGUGGACGGCUACCAGCUCUCCCACUCGGCCAUCCUGUCCUGCGAAGGCCACGGGGUGUGGAAAGGAGAGGUCCCCCAGUGCCUGCCUGUGUUUUGUGGAGACCCUGGCACUCCUGCUGAGGGCCGGCUCAGUGGGAAGAGUUUCACCUACAAGUCCGAAGUCUUCUUCCAGUGCAAAUCUCCGUUCCUACUCGUGGGGUCCUCGAGAAGGGUCUGCCAAGCUGACGGCACGUGGAGCGGCAUACAGCCCACCUGCAUCGACCCUGCACACAAUGCCUGUCCAGACCCUGGUACUCCACAUUUYGGAAUACAGAAUAGCUCCAGAGGAUAUGAGGUCGGGAGCACGGUGUUUUUCAGGUGCAGGAAGGGGUACCACAUUCAAGGCUCCACAACGCGGACCUGCCUGGCCAACCUGACGUGGAGCGGGCUGCAGACAGAGUGCAUACCUCACGCCUGCAGGCAGCCAGAAACCCCGGCGCACGCGGACGUGCGGGCCAUCGACCUUCCUGCUUUCGGCUACACCUUGGUGUACACCUGCCACGCGGGCUUCUUCCUGGCCGGUGGCUCUGAACAUAGGACGUGCAAGRCAGAUAUGAAGUGGACGGGGAAGUCACCUGUGUGUAAAAGUAAAGGAGUGAGAGAAGUUAAUGAAACAGUUACUAAAACUCCAGUUCCUUCGGACGUGUUUUUCGUCAGUUCGGUGUGGAAGGGAUAUUAUGAAUAUUUAGGAAAAAGACAGCCUGCCACUCUAACCGUUGACUGGUUCAAUGCAACCAGCAGCAAGGUGAACGCGACCUUCACGGCAGCCUCGCAGGUGCAGCUGGAAUUGACAGGUGUUUACAAGAAGGAGGAGACCCACCUGCUCCUGAAAGCUUUCCACRUUAAAGGGCCCGGAGACAUUUUUGUGAGCAAGUUUGAAAACGACAACUGGGGUCUYGAUGGCUACGUGUCCUCAGGACUUGAACGGGGAGGAUUCACUUUCCAAGGUGACGUACACGGGAAGGACUUUGGGAAGUUCAAGCUGGAGCGACAAGAUCCCCUGGGCUCUGGUGAAGACCCCUCGAACCAGUACCACGGCACCAGCAGCGGCUCCGUGGCAGCCGCCAUCCUGGUUCCUUUCUUCGCUCUCAUUUUAUCAGGGUUUGCAUUUUACCUCUACAAACACAGAACAAGACCGAAAGUUCAGUACAAUGGCUAUGCCGGGCACGAGAACAGCAAUGGACAGGCGUCGUUUGAGAACCCCAUGUACGACACAAACUUAAAGCCCACAGAAGCGAAGGCUGUGCGGUUCGACACCACUCUGAACACAGUCUGUACAGUGGUAUAG